CCCAUAACCAAGCUGACAGCAGAAUCCGGUUGAUCACUGACAGCAAGGGCACGAACAGCUCAAGACCAGACGAAGCGCGCCGCAUGGACACGGAUGGGAUGUUGGCAACAUUACGCAGCAGGAGAGUGAUGGAAAGUCCCGAGCAGAGUCGAUAGUGGGUGAACUUAUAAGGCAAUUGACUUGCAAGUAUGUAUUCUACGCACCAAAUAGUUUUCUUUUCCCCGCAGUCGAUUCUGUAGCCUAUCUUUCAGAAUCGCCAUAAGACCGACUUCUCAUCUCAGGACAGUUGAAAACGAAGUCACGACGAAGAAUGAAGAAACACUGAAAAAUGUAGCCAAUUCAGAUAUUCAAAGCUGCACACGAGUGUACAAAGUCCUCAGCGCAACCCGAAGCCGGUCUUUAAGUUUUUUUUGUCCAAGAGGAAAGAACAUGAUUCCCCCAGCUAACAUCAUGCAAGACGAGAGUUUGGGCAAGGAGAACGAGCGCGAGCAGCACGAGAAGCCUCAGUCACCAGCGCCCAGCGCGAGUCAACAGGAGACAAAGGUAGUGGUACCCAAGAAGAUGCAGAAGUUGAAGCGCUCCCUCUCCUUCAAGACCAAGAGUAUGCGCAGCAAGAGCGCUGACAACUUCUUCCAGCGCAACAACAAUGACGCCAAGUUAUCGACGGAGCUGCUCUCUGACAACAGCAGCAGCACGUGCCAACUGAGCGUGAUCGGGGUGGCGGUGGCCCAUCCCGUCCAACCCGUCCAACCUGUCCAACCUGUCCACCCCGUCCACCCUGUCCACCCCGUUUACCCAGUCCACCCCAUCCACCAUGCCCCCCCUCUCUCAACCUCCAACCUGGUGAUCUCUAAUGCGCCCCCGGCCAUCCCGUGUGCCCCACCUUCCUUGGUCUAUUCCCCGGGACGCCACCCCCUUGCCAUCGACCCCACUGGACACGGCUUCAUGGAGCACAUCUUCAAGAAGCCCACCUUCUGCGACGUCUGCAACCACAUGAUCGUAGGUACCACCUCCAAGCAUGUGGUGAUGCUGGCAGGCAACACGGCCAAACAUGGCCUCCGCUGCAAAGCCUGCAAGAUGAGCAUCCACCACAAGUGUGAGAAAGGAGUGGGAUCGCAACGCUGCCAAGGCAAGCUGCCAAAGGGCUUUCGAAGGUACUACAGCUCCCCACUGCUGAUAACAGAGCAAUUUGGCUGCAUCAAAGAAGUCAUGCCCAUUGCUUGUGGCAGUAAAGUGGACCCUGUGUAUGAAGCUCUCCGGUUUGGGACCUCUCUGGCACAAAGGGACAAGAGGGCCAGUGCCUCCGAGUCCCCCCACAGGAACUCUACCAGUGACUUAGCCCAGGUUCCAGAGGAGGAGGACCCUCACAGCAGUCCACAUGAACUCACCAGGAAGCACAGUGAUAAUGUGUUCACAUCACUUGAGAAUGGGACGGAGCCCAUUCCCUAUUGCCACGUAGCUGAGAGGAAACCUGAUGAUUCACCGGAGAGGAAAUGGCUGCAGAAGGACACACUUCAGCUCAACACCUACGUUGCUUUGUUUACAUUCACUCCCCAGGAGAGUGAAGACCUGGAGAUGAGACCCGGAGACAGAAUUGUCCUGGCUGACGACUCCAAUGAUGACUGGUGGAAGGGCAUGAUCGAGGACAGGAUCGGUUUCUUUCCAGCAGCCUUUGCUCACCAGGUGAAGACCGGAGACAGAGUGUUCAGGUGUCACCGGACGUUCAUCGGCUGUAAGGAGCAAGGCCAGAUCACUCUGAAGGAGGGCCAGAUUUGUGUAAGCGGUGAGGAUGAACACAGUGGCUUCAUCCGAGUGGCCAGUGGAAAGAAGAGAGGCUACGUGCCCUGUGAUGUCCUGGAAAACAUCUGAGAGAGAGAGAGAGAGAAAUAGAGAGUGCUGGAGAGAGAUAACGAGAGGAAGAGAAGGAAAGAGAGGAGGGAGGAGAGGCACAGUGGCACACUCCCAUGAUGCGCAGGGAUGGCUCUGACAGUAGCUCUGAUUAGAUGCCAACCUCAGGCGUGAGGGAGAGGACCAUUGUUCCCACAAAAUGGCCGCCUGAAACCAUGGAGGAAAUCCUCUGUUGAGCUGUGGAUCCAAACUCCAAAAUAUUGCUGUUGCCAUUAAGGGAAUGGCUUUGUCAGAGUCAGAGCCAACCUUCCUCAUUCCCUUUUAGCCUGAAGGGGAAAAUGUUGCGACAGAUCACAUAACCUGACUUUGUGGUCACAGGGAGGGAGAGUGGGGUUAGAUUUUUAUUCCGAUUUUGUUAGAUUUUUAGGACAGCUGAGCAUUGUUUGUUCUUUGUGGGAUUUCCCAGUGGAGAAUGCAGGUGACGCAUCAUGCAUGAAUAUACUGAAUGUACUCGUGUGUCUACUACUGAGACAGGUAGAGCAAGGAAAGCAACUUUCGGCAACUUUCUUUAUGCAUACAUUCUUGCUUAUUUAGCAUCAGCUGCAGUAUGUUUGAACCACCUGUUUAACCUAAAGCCCAAAUGUUGAAGCACUUGUUCUCUAUAGCUGAAGAUUCUGUUCUGAAAUAAUAAAAUCAUAUUUUAUUCACUUACGCUAACUUUGAUGCAAGCAGUUGAGGUUACAAACAGCAUAUUAAUCAAAAGCAUAGAAGAUAAAUCCCUUUUCUUCUAUGCUCGUAUGAUGGCUCUACUGAGUCUUGAUAGCCUCAAGCUCACAAUUACAGACCCAUUCUCCCAAGAAUCCGUCCCUCUGUGAUACAAAAAAUUCCAUACUUUGGAUAUGUCACUGGAGAGGAACAACAAAAAGAAUUAGACGAAGCGGAAAUGUAUCAAGAUUUCUGAGGUAGUAUUGUUCAAAGGAGAAAAAUCUUUUGCAUAAAUCUAAUGAAAUUCCUAGUCUAGCUGCUUACCCAUCCACAUUUGAGUUUAAAAAAUAUGACACCACAAAAGGACUACAAACCUGUCAAACAGAUUUUGUGAAUAUUUCAAAACAAUGAAUAUCUAAAUUUGCAACUUAAAGUCUGGUGAUAAUGUUCUCUUCAGGUAACUCAUCAUGACCUUGUUUCUUGAUGUGUUUUAUAAAGGAUAAUGGAUUUGAUGAGAAAUUAGGUGAAUUUAGGAAGCGGGCAACCUCUAACAAGUGGUUAGAUCAAUUGUUUUUGAAUAUAUGUCAUAAAAUCUGCAUACCUGUUGUGGUGGCUUGGUGUGGUUUCUAAUAUACAUUUCAACACAAUUACAUUAGAUUCUAUACACAAUAACAAGUAAACCAAAACAAGUUAUAGACAUUUUUUUCCUAUACAACCUGUUAUUGUCAAGGUAUUUGAUCAGAGAAGCUUCAAUGCAUGAGCUACAUGAAAUUCAGCUUUGAUUUACAUUCAUGUAUGCUUGCUCCAAUUGCACUAAAUGGUCACUCAGAUAUGGCUAUUCACUUUAAACAAUGUAAACUCAUUUUUCGUCGAAUCAAGACAUGCUUGUUGAGAUGUAACUAUCCCUUUAAUGUCACUCUUUAUGACACACUCCUGUUAUAUUCCUUUCUCUUGAGGAAUAGCAAUGUUCUUUGAGGAUUUCUUGAUCAUCCUCAUGUAUAUUUGUUUUCUGUUAAAAUAUUAUUAUAACUUAUGAAUUGUCAAAGGAAAGGUAUGGUAGUAAAUGUGUCUCUCUAUAAGUUCAUCUAACCUGCACUGAAACUUGGCUGUAUUAGAUGUCAAAGAUAGUGUUGUAAAACUCCGUGAACUUUCAAUAAAUUCCCUAGUUUUCCCGAAAUCCCAGUUGGAGGAUUUUUAGAAUAAGAAGACAAUAAGCAGGAAAUAUGGAAUAUUCCAACUAGGAUUUCUGGGAAACCAGGGAAAAUAUUGAAAGUUCCUGGAAUUUUGCAACCAUAGUCAAAGACCACUGUAUUGUAUAGAUUGUAUGCACAGAAUAAAAAAGAAAUUGAUUAGAA